AUGCGGUGGUCCUGGCUUGUCGUAGUAUUGGCGCUCGCGGUCGUUCGGCUGGGCCCAGCCCGAGAGCUGCCGUUCAACACGACUGACAUCAGCAGCAGCGGCGCAGACGUCGAGGACGGGUCCGGCGAGCUGUUACCCGCCGGUCGCGGCCUGCAUCAAACCUCGGACCAGUGCAACCUGGUGAUCGACGGCUGCGCCCGCUGCUACCAGCGGCGUGCGGGGACCACCACUCGCACCUACUGCAGCAAGGUGCUCGCCGGGGUACUACUGGUCUGCGGCCUGAUCACGCUCCAACCCGGCGCGACCUCGGCCACCGACUGCACCUCGCCACCCGGCUACUACUAUCAGCGGGGCAAGGCGCUGCCAUGCCCCCGGGGCACAUACAAGGAGUCAUCCGGCACCAACGCAAACUGCGACACGUGCCCAGAGGGCAUCACGACGCCAGGGGGCCAGGUGGCGAUGAGCAAUCGGACUGCCUGCAAAUGGGUCCUCCCAGGGUAUGCCCUGCAGCCCAACGCAGUUCUGGGCACCACCGCCGCGACCGCCUGCCCAGCCAACACGUACCGCGAGGGCGAGGGCCUGGUGGAAGACGCGUCCAUCGGCCUCAACUGCACCGCGUGCCCGGCCAACAUGGAGACCCUAGAUAUCGGCCAGAAAACCAAGGACGCCUGCUUUGCGCCCCCAGGCUACGGGUACAACUCGACAUCUGGGGACGCGUACAAGUGCCCAAAGGGCAGCUACAACCCUGGCUGGAACCGCCAGCCCUGCGUCCCAUGUGGGCUUGGUGACAUCACCAGCAACGACGAGGGCAGCACCAACCCCGACGACUGCAUCACGCGGGCCGGGUACGGCACCACCAAGGCCGACAACAAAACCCUGGUCACAUCCAUUUGCCCGGCCGGGUCGUUCGGCCGCAAUUCCGACACCUACGGCAUGGUGACCGUCGAGUGCACAAAAUGCCCGGACUUCUCGACAACAGACGGCCCCGGCAGCGUCAACUCGUCGCAGUGUUUGACCCUUGCAGGGUAUGGCUACGAGAACGGCGGCAUCGCGAUCUGCGACUACGGCAGCUGGAGCGCCGGCCACAGCCAAAACCCCUGCACGUAUUGUGGUGACGGGUACAACACCAGCGCCGACGGCGUCGCCGCCACCCAGGGCGCGACGAGCGGCAGCCAGUGCAUCGUUUCCGGGGGAUUCACGCCAAUGGCCGACGGCUCCGGCCUUAAACCCUGCCCGGCAGACACCUACAAAGCGCUGCUCGGCAACUCAAGCUGCGUCCAGUGCCCGGCCGGGACGAUCACCACCGUUAUGCAGGCCGCCGACGCGAUAUCGCACUGCGACGCCUGCCGGCCGGGGUUUGGCAGCGCCUCCAUCAACGCCUCCGCGCCCUCCUGCAGCAUCUGCGGGUCCGGCUACUACUCCCCAGGCCGCGUUGUUGGGGGCUCGCCGUGCCAGGCGUGCCCGCGGCCCGUCGGCUUCACAGGUCUCAUGGUGUCUCGCAAGGGCAUCUUCACUCCCGAGGACUGCGUCCCCGAAUUCCCGGGCGACAACUUGUCCCACCAAACCUGGAACUUCAUCGCAAUGGACGACUCCGCGCUCACCCUCACGCCCGCCGCUGCCGACGCGGUCGCGUGCCAAGCUGCGUGCGCCGCCAGCGCGGACUGCGCGUACUUUGUUUUCAAGGGCGUCAACUCACACUGCUUCCUGCGGGACACAGUGCCAUACAGCCUGGUCAACGUCAGCGACACCUCUAAGAGCUACAUUUUGUUAGAGGUGUCCGCCGGCCAUUAUGUGGCGUACGGCGCGCACGCCACCGACGCCACCUCACUUGGGCAGCCCCUCUCGGCGUACGCGACUCGCGAGGCGGCCACCGCUGCAUGCGACGGCAGCGCAGAGUGCGUGGGCCUCAAGUUCGUGCACACUGAGGGCUCAAACCCCUGGCACACAUUCAAAGGCACCAUUUGGGAGGAUGUGGUAGGGAAGGUGCGCGUGGUGGGCAGCAACAUCAACCCUUGGGUUCCUGACCCAGCCUAG